AUUUUGAUACGCUCGAGUGAUGUAGUCUGUGCCGACGAUUUGGCCCAGUGCAGUGAUGUGGCAAUUGCCCAGAUAUAAUAGGCUCUUCAUACAAAGGACAUUUGCAUUGAUGUGACUUCUGAAGGUUUUCAAGACAAAGAAGAAUAGAGUAGACACUAUAGAGGUUUCCCAGUACACCAUGUACCGGUCGCGUACCGGUCUUGGGCAAGUCACACAGUGAUUAGAGGAUUUUCAUCCAUGCCACGCUUAGCAGAAAGAGAGAGGGGGUCGGUGCGACGUUCUAACUUGAAAUGGAGUGGACAAGAGCGAUCAACUCUACCUGUUUUCCAGUCACUUUGACAUUGUUUUUUGUUUCAUGUUCACACAUUGGAGCGGUCAAGGUAAUUAGUGUCUUGGCCAUUGAUAUAUCAAAAUCCCUUCACGCAACUCCGACAGAUAUAGGAGCUGAAAUCGGAAUGAUAAUUGCAUUUUAUUUCCUAACAACCCCCAUUGUUGGAGCCCUCAUUAAUCGUUGGGGUCAACCUCGGCUCUUUCUGUUGAUAGGUGCCACGCUAGAAUCCAGUGCUCUUGUGUUUACAGCAUUUGCCAACACCAACAUUGCGGUAUUCAUUUUCCUUGCUCUUGUGGGAAUCGGGAAUAGCUUCCUGUGGAUGACUUGCUUUCUCGUGUUGAAUAAAAUCGCUGGUGAAAACUUCAAGCUUCUCUUCAGUCUAUCAUCAUGUGGAUUUCCUGUUGGAAUGACUUUGUUCCCAUUCCUAGCUGAAGAGUUACUUGCUGUAUACAGUUGGCGGGACGUGCUAUUAAUCAUAGGCGCUCUUACUUUCAACCUGAUACCGUGUGCUAUGAUGAUCAAUGUAUCCUUGGAUCUGACAGAACAUAAAGCAUGUGGUGAAUCGAGAAGCAUUACAUGGCACGAUGCGUCACUUACUGGAGUCUACGGGAGAGUCCACACUGCAGAUUGUCGAAACUGUCAAGAUUCAGAUGUCAGUACUGCCGGCAGUACUGACAGCGAUUCUGGCGACAGAAACAGUCACAUAGAACCUCAGAUGUUCUCAACAGUGUUAUAUGAUUUGACAUACAGUGAUCAAGACGAUUCUGCAAUUGAUAGAUCAUCAGAAGAGGAGAGCCAACUUGACAUCUAUGGCUUGCCUCAUGGAAUAGUAGAAUGGUGGAAGAAAACAGCAUUUUAUGCAAAUCCUUUGUUAGUUUUUGUAAUUCUCUCGUUUGGCACACAAGAAUUCAUUUAUUCUGGUUGGCAUGCUUUCCUAUUACCAAAAGCCCUCCAACAAGGAAUCUCUGCCAGAAACACAAUCAUCAUAGCCCUUAGUGCAGCUGUUGGGAAUCUGUCUGGACGAAUCUCGGUCGGUGUUUUGACUCACAGAAACUUUGACCCUGUCAACAUGUACCUUACCUUGAGUGUGCUCAACAUUUCUGCAAUUGCAUCUUAUGGAUUUAUUUCUUACUACAUGGUGAUGUUGGUGACGUCAUGUUUUUCCGGUAUGGCCAUUGCGGGAAGGGCUGUUCUUGGUCCUCUGGUGAUGAAGAGCACAGUUCCUGGAGAACACUUUUCAACGAUGAUAGGGAUACUUUAUGUGGUUGCGGGCUUCUUUUCCUUAUUGGGUGGAUACUCCGCAGGACUGAUUGCCACCCGUGUAACAUACGAUGCCACGUUUAAGCUUCUUGCAGUAGUCGACAUAUUGACUUUUGCCUUCAUGGGAAUCCCCAAAGUAGUCGAACUAUACAACUCGGUUCAAACUCAGCCCUGAGGCUCAGUAGGGUCGAAACUUUCCACCAUAGCAGUAUACCAUAGAAUUAUAGAAUUAGGAGUUGUCAGAUGUUUUAUCCCAAGAGCCCUAGUUUAUCUUAGUAUCUUGGUUACCAUAGUAUCUGUGCUUCUAAGACAAUAAAAAUCAAAGAAAGUUGUCAGAUCAGCAGGCCAGGAGCUCUUUGUGGCCUUUCAAUGCCAUGGUUGAGGGCAACAAUGCAAUGUCCAAAGAGUUCUCUGAGUCUAUCACGAAGGAUGCUGGAACGAUGGGCAGGAGCGCCGUUCUUAAUUCACCAAAGAUGCCUGUACACUCCUCACAACUGUCUCUCAAAAUGUUGGUCCAACUGUGGUACGAUCUCCUCAUUUAUGGUGUGCAAGUGGUUCCAUGACAUUUGCUCCGGCGACCAUUGCUCCGAUGGAAAGUCUGCACAUUAAGCGACUGUACCUGCGGUACAUUCCCUUAUUAAAACUCCUUUUGAAGAAAAAGGGUCCAGUCAAGAUUUUUGCCAGCUCAGACAUCCAUCAGCCUCUGCCUUAUCAUUAGAAAAAGUGGUCUCUGCACCUUUUGUCUUCAACAUCAAUUAAUUCGGUCAUGCGUAGCGCAAAUGGAACAAAUAUGAUAUCAAUGGAAAGCUGAUGAGUUUCUCUUUUAGAUUCAUGCACAAUAAUGUCACAACAUUAAAUAUGCUUCGAAUAUCAGCCCUUUAGAUUACCUGUUUUCUGAAACUCACUGUAUAAUGCCUGAAGGAGGAAGGAUUUUGGAUCAAAUUUGGCCAAGGUCUGCAUUUAAAAAACAUUUUAUAGAGGUUCCAAAGGAUGUAACUAAUAAUUAACUAAUUUCCAUUUACAAUUUUAUUUAUAUGCCUAAUUUGGACAUAAUUAUUAAAUUGACAAUGAUUUGAAAGAGGUUUUGCUUGCAAAGGGCAUAUCAGCUCUCAAAACUCAUUUCUAAUCAAUGAUUAUUUGUUGGAAUUUGAUUUGUAAAUUGAUCAUUAUAUGUUCAUGAUUCGUACAAAGUGAUGUAGUAAAUGUAAUCAUGUACACUCUUGGUAUUACAAGAAUGUACAUUAUAAAGAUCUACAAAUACAAAUCACAGUUGUCAUCAUUUCUGCAAAUGUAUACACCUCUUCUUGUUCAGACCUUCUCUCAAAUUUGGCCAAGGUCUGCAUAAAAAAAACAGUUUAUAGAGGUUCCAAAGGGAUGUAACUAAUAAUUAACUAAUUUCCAUUUACAAUUUUAUUUAUAUGCCUAAUUUGGACAUAAUUAUUAAAUUGACAAUGAUUUGAAAGAGGUUUUGCUUGCAAAGGGCAUAUCAGCUCUCAAAACUCUCAUUUCUAAUCAAUGAUUAUUUGUUGGAAUUUGAUUUGUAAAUUGAUCAUUAUAUGUUCAUGAUUCGUACAUAGUGAUGUAGUAGAUGUAAUCAUGUACACUCUUGGUAUUACAAGAAUGUAGUACAUUAUAAAGAUCUACAAAUACAAAUCACAGUUGUCAUCAUUUCUGCAAAUGUAUACACCUCUUCUUGUUCAGACCUUCUCUCAAAUUUGGCCAAGGUCUGCAUAAAAAAAACAGUUUAUAGAGGUUCCAAAGGGAUGUAACUAAUAAUUAACUAAUUUCCAUUUACAAUUUUAUUUAUAUGCCUAAUUUGGACAUAAUUAUUAAAUUGACAAUGAUUUGAAAGAGGUUUUGCUUGCAAAGGGCAUAUCAGCUCUCAAAACUCUCAUUUCUAAUCAAUGAUUAUUUGUUGGAAUUUGAUUUGUAAAUUGAUCAUUAUAUGUUCAUGAUUCGUACAUAGUGAUGUAGUAGAUGUAAUCAUGUACACUCUUGGUAUUACAAGAAUGUAGUACAUUAUAAAGAUCUACAAAUACAAAUUCACAGUUGUCAUCAUUUCUGCAAAUGUAUACACCUCUUCUUGUUCAGACCUUCUCUCAACAGAGACGGGGCGAUACAAGCAUCCGAAUGUCUACGACCCGAUCAUCGACCAUUACGUCACUAAGGUCAAAUCGGGUCACAUCACUGACGAAGGUUGCAGUUAGCAGCCGAAAAUUUUGAGGUAACUCUUCGUCAUUUUCUUUUUUUUGAGUUGUGAACCAAAGUUCAACAAAAUCGUUACCUCUUCUUGUGUUAUCCAUUUGUGUGCAGAUUAUCUGUUAGUCAUCACUGCAUUAAAAAAAAUAUCAUUUGA